CGGACCCACCGACGGCUGGUGCUGUGAGGGCAGAGGUUACAGGGGGAUCAUGGGAGGGAAGCCGGUCAAAUGCCUAACAUCGCCCAGCCCCGUAAACAGCGCCAAGAGCGAGUCCAGCGCCACCCCUUCGGAGGAAAAGGCGGGAUUCGACAUCGUUCGUGAAGAAGAAGCCGAGACUAGAACAGAAGAGGCGAGCUCUCCCUUCCCCCUGGAGUGGCAGGCGCGCUGUCCUGUGACGAGCUUGGAGACUUCAUGGGAGGAGCAACUGCUGGAGCAGCAAGACCACUUGGAAAAGGAGAUGGAAGAAGCGAAGAAGAUGAUUUCGGGCCUGCAGGCCUUGCUGCUCAACGGGUCAUUACCGGAGGAUGAGCAAGAGAGAUCGUUCGCCCUUUGUGAACGGGAAGCCUGCCCCGAGGAGCAGCUGAUUAUAAUCCGGAGCCGACUGGACCAGAGCACGGAGGAGAAUCAGGAGCUCAAGAAGGAACUGCAGAAGCACAAGCAAGAAGCCAGAAAUCUGCAGGGGAUGAAGGAUGCCUUGCAGCAGCGGCUGGCCCAGCAGGAUGCUGUGUGGCCCUUAGCUGAUCUGCAGAGGAAAGUCGAAGAGAGGAACCGACUGCUGGCGGAAUACAAAAAAGAGCUGGCCCAGAAGGAUCGGCACUUGCACCAGCACCAGGCCAAGAUGGACGAGAUGCUGCGGCAGCUCUCCGAGGCCAGCUACCAACAGGCGGACUUGGAACGGGAGCUGGAGCACAAAGAAGCCCUGUUGGCUCAGUGCAUGAAGAAGGAUGCCGAGGAGGUGAUUGUCUACAGCAACCACACCUCUCAGAGCAACGGCUUCCUGCAGCCCUCAGGAAAAGGAGCCUCGUCCACCACUCACCGAGGGACCAACGACCUGCAGCUGGUGCGCGAGGCCCUGCGGAGUUUGCGGAACAGCUUCAGCGGCCACGACCCCCAGCACCACACCAUCGACAGCCUGGAGCAAGGCAUCUCCAGCCUGAUGGAGCGGCUGCACCGCCUGGAGGUGCAGAAGAGGCAGGAGAGACGGGUAAGAGGGAAGUCACCUGCCGGCCACCUGACCAACGACUGCAGAGACUCCUGGCCCUCCAACUCCAAACUGCCUCAUUCUCACAGCACCCCAGCGAUGGGCGGCAGCGCCUGCACCAAAGUGCUCUACUUCACGGAUCGCUCCCUCACGCCUUUCAUGGUCAACAUUCCAAAGAGGUUAGGUGAGGUGACCCUGAGGGACUUCAAAGCGGCCAUCGAUCGGGAAGGGACGCACCGGUACCAUUUCAAGGCCCUGGAUCCCGAAUUUGGCACCGUCAAAGAGGAGGUUUUCCAUGACGAUGACAUCAUCCCCGGGUGGGAAGGGAAGAUCGUCGCCUGGGUGGAAGAGGACCACGGGGAGAACUGAUCAGGUCCCCGCGACACCUCUGACCACGAAGCUCUGCCUCUGGCUGUGGCCCUUGCCAGGUACUGACCAAAAAAGGACACGCACUGGGAUGCAUCCGAUUCAAACUGCCAAAAGAAAGAGAUGGACCUCUCUGCAAAAUGACGGGUAUAACUUUCCUCCACGUGCAAGGACACCGGGCACUCGAGUCCCACGGCCAAACGUCGUAAAGUUCGAAAAUCCGACGCUGUCGGGGACGAGCGAGCUCACCUCUGUAUUCCGUCUGCGUUGGCCUUAAUGUUGUGUUCCUCCCUGCUUCUUGUUCCUGCCCGCCGUCAGUAAUCCAGAUUACUUUCAUCGGUGGCAUACAGUAUUACAAGCAACCUUGCCCUUACAGAUGAAACCGCACCCGUCUGAGCUGGGCAGAGCUGUUGCAGCCGCAUUCUCCGCUUCAGGAGCGCUCGCCCACCAAGCAUUCCUCUUCUGACACCAGAAACCCAACAGAACCUUCACUGGACAG